AUGGGUAAUGAGUUCCAUUCAUGGCCGGUCUUCUCAGGCUGGCCUGGGUUUGGUCUGCUAGGAUAUUACGGUAGACGACAUGGACCGUACCACUUUUUGACCGUCAAGCCUUUAGUAUCCACUACACCAGCGCUUGCUACUCAACAUGGUGCUUCCACUGUUAAGCCGACUUUGAAGAAUUCUGGAAGUACGACUGUUAAAGCGACUGAAAAGACAGUUUCAGUUACAAUAGGCAAUACUGUUAGUACUACGACAGAAGUAUCUAAGAAUCGAGUGAAACAUGAAGUGCCUUCAGCUACUGAAUCAGAUAUUAAAGUGGAAAUAACAACUUUGGCUGGCAUAUUGAGUUCGACAAAGAAAAGUGAAGGUAAGUUAUCAUUUACUGAAUCAAAAUGAAGAGUAAUUUAGAUAUAACUAGAGUAAAGCAGAAUAUAUUUUUACUUUAGAUCAAACAAAAAAUGAAAGUCCAGCUCAACCUACAGUAGGACAACCAUCGACUGCUACCGUAUCUAAAACAACUGAUACUGUAAAAGUAACUCCAAAGAUAAUAACAGAAGAUACCAAAAAAGCUGAUGUACCAAGUCAUUCACAUAAAGUCUUUAGAAAAUAA